GCCACAUUAAAAUAAGAGCAUGUGGAGGUGCAUUUGUGCAAAUGAAAAGCCUCUUGCAUCGGCGGGGGCACUGAGCUGCCAGAAGACUAAAGGUAAGUAUUCGGCGGCUGAUUUAACUGAGCAGCUGGCUCAGUAUGAACAGCAAAUAGUGCAGCUCAAAGACCAAAUUCUGGACAAAGAAACCCAGCUUCACGUGAGAGAUGAACAGCUUAAGUUGCUGGAAGACCUCAAGGUAAAACUCCGUGAAAACGAAGAGGCAUUAUUGGAAAAGACGCAACUUGUGGAUGUGUUGGAGAAAAAGCUUGAUGGAAAUUAUCGGGAGCUAGCGUUGCUGGAAAACCUGAAGGAAAAACUCCGUGAAAGCGAAGAGGCAUUAUUGGAAAGGACACAACUUGUGGAUGUGUUGGAGAAAAAGCUUGAUGGGAAGAAUCGGGAGCUAGCGGAGUUAGUUGAAGAUUUGAGCGUCAUUGAGAUGGAAAAUGAAGAACUCAAGGACAAGCUUCUGGCUGAAAAACACGGAAUGAGAACCAAGGUCCGAAAUAUGACGGAAAAGCAUGAGGCAGAUUUUAAAAAACUCAACAGAAAACACAGGACUCAGCUCCGUAAAAUCCAUGAGAAACAUGCUGAAGAAACAUCACUGAAAGAUCAGUGCUGUGUACAACUUAACAAAGAUCUGCAACUUUUACAAUCUCAUGCCUGUGCACCUCUUGCAGAACAGGCAACUUGUUCUUUAAAUGAUUACACCAAACAGAAGAUUGGGGAACUGGAAGAACAAGUGAGGCUUAUGACGCAAGAGGCUGAAAAAUCAGAGGCCAGGUUCAUUACAAUGGAAGCUCAGUCCAAAUUGAAAAUCAAUCAGAUUGAAGAGGAGCUGGACAAUGUACAGAUUGUACCUUCUCGGCAGGAGCUGCUGGAGCUCAAAGAUAUAGCCGUUGACUUGGAAGAGGAGAACGAACAGUUACACCUGAAAGUGAACUGGCUACAACACGUCGAGGCACAAAAUGAGGAUCUUCAAGCAAAAUUGGAAGAAUAUGAAGAGCAACACCAGAACAUGCAAGCAGAUUUAGAACAAGCUACCAAGGGACAAACUUCCCAGACAAGUGAAUCUGAAUCUGCAGAGGAACUGCACAGCCGCCUGAUGAAGUGGCGAGAAACGGUUUAUCAGCCAACACCGAGCCAUGACAUCGAUGAGAGGAAUGUCAUGGAAUUAAGGAUGAGGCAACUUGAGGAAGAAAGAGAAGAUUUGAUCUCAGAACUGCAGGAGCUGGAGGAGGAACUGGGGGAACUUCAGAGACGAGGACAGGAUCAAGGAUGGACAAAGCAGACCACAGCUGGCCAAAAGCUUAGG